AGGAGGAGGAGGAGGAUGGUAGUGAAGCAGACUCUAUGUGCGUACGCGUCUUUUUCCUGUUUCCUCUCAUUGGUAGUCAGCUCCGAGGCUUCUCCUCCUCUUUUCAAACGGAAUUAAAAGAAAGGCCAGAGAACCUAUCGCUGCGCGCCUGCCCGCUCGCCCGCCCAACCCAACCCUCCCUCCAUCCCUGCCUCCCACCGCCAUGCUCCAAAGUUGGGCCACUUCAGCUACUCCAGGGAGGUUAGCAAAACCAGCAGACCUCUGACUGAGUCGAGGCAAACAUCUAAACAUCAUCUACCUUCAUUCAGUUUUUUUACUCUCUGCAUACUUUGUGUAAAACACACUGCACUCUUUAGUUGUUGUUGUUGUUUUUUAUCCCAAGCGCGCCUGAAUGCACAAGUGCGUGUGUAUGUGUGUGUGUGUGUGUGUGUGUGACUUUUUUCUGAGAGUGUUAUUUACUUCAAUGUUUCUGGAAUCUAUUUUUUCGUGCAUGGCUUUUUAAAACACUGGAUCUGUUGUAGUUGUAGUUUCCUCUGACUAAAGCGAGACUGGACUUAUCUCUUUUAACAUCACUAGGGACUAUUAAAUAUUUUUAGAGUAGCUGUAAUGGCUACUUUACCAGGAACGGUUCCUCGAAUGGUUCGGCCAGCACCGGGCCAGAACUACCCCCGCACUGGAUUUCCCCUUGAAGUGUCCACCCCGCUGGGCCAGGGUCGAGUGAACCAGCUCGGCGGCGUGUUCAUCAACGGGAGGCCUUUACCGAACCACAUCCGACACAAGAUCGUGGAGAUGGCGCACCACGGCAUCCGGCCCUGCGUCAUCUCCCGACAGCUGCGCGUUUCCCACGGCUGCGUCUCCAAAAUCCUGUGCCGCUACCAGGAGACGGGUUCGAUCCGGCCCGGAGCCAUAGGGGGGAGUAAACCCAGGCAGGUGGCAACGCCCGACGUGGAGAAAAGGAUUGAGGAAUACAAGCGUGAAAACCCGGGCAUGUUCAGCUGGGAGAUCCGCGACAAACUGUUGAAGGACGGAGUGUGUGACAGAAGCACGGUUCCUUCAGGUGAGGCCUCAUCUGUGAGCUCCAUUAGCCGGGUUUUGAGAGCACGUUUUGGAAAGAAAGAUGAUGAUGAUGAUUGCGAUAAGAAGGAGGAAGAUGGAGAGAAGAAAACGAAGCACAGCAUCGAUGGCAUUUUGGGAGACAGAGGUCACCGCACAGACGAGGGUUCGGAUGUGGAGUCGGAGCCCGACCUGCCUCUGAAGAGGAAACAGAGACGCAGUCGCACCACGUUCACUGCCGAGCAGCUGGAAGAGCUAGAGAAGGCCUUCGAGAGGACACACUACCCAGACAUCUACACCCGAGAGGAGCUGGCUCAGAGGACCAAACUCACUGAGGCUCGUGUACAGGUGUGGUUUAGUAACCGACGAGCCAGAUGGCGCAAACAAGCAGGAGCCAAUCAGCUGGCAGCGUUUAACCACCUGUUACCUGGAGGGUUUCCUCCGACUGGAAUGCCAACACUGCCAACCUAUCAACUUCCAGAGACCACCUACCCUAGCACCACCCUCUCCCAGGAUGGAAGUAGCACAUUGCAUCGACCUCAGCCUCUCCCACCCUCGUCCAUGCACCAGGGCGGGCUCUCAGCCGACAGUAGCUCCGCCUAUGGCCUCUCAUCCAAUCGCCACACCUUCUCCAGCUACUCGGACACCUUCAUGGCCCCGUCGGCUUCGAGCAACCACAUGAACCCGGUCAGCAACGGGCUCUCCCCACAGGUGAUGAGCAUCCUGAGCAACCCCAACGCCGUGCCCACUCAGCCACAGCAUGACUUCCCCAUCUCACCGCUCCACAGCAGCCUGGACGCCUCCGGCUCCAUCUCGGCCAGCUGCAGCCAGCGCUCGGAUCCCAUCAAGAGCGUGGAGAGCCUGGCCUCGUCCCAAUCCUACUGCCCUCCUACUUACAGCGCCACCAGCUACAGCGUGGACCCCGUUACGGCCGGCUACCAGUACAGCCAGUAUGGCCAGAGUGCAGUCGACUACCUGGCUAAAAAUGUCAGUCUGUCCACCCAGAGGAGGAUGAAGCUGGGAGAUCACUCUGCAGUACUCGGCCUGCUGCAGGUGGAGACGGGACAGGCCUACUGAUCAUCUCACCACACACUCUCUCACACACACACACACACACACACCCUCACACACACACACCAGCAGAUCUGCUUAUUAAGUGAUCUACUUGUAAUUCUCUAACACUUGUGUGUGUGAGAGACUUCCAGCCUGAUGUCCCUGGUGUUUAAGCGAGAACUCGUCUGAUAAAGAGGACAGGCUUUUAUUUCUGACCGUGUCUCUUCCUGUACUGUAUAUACUCAUCUAUGAAGUCAGACGUCAUUAAAAAUUGUUCAUUUUUUUUAUUAGUACUCUCCUGAUAAUGAUAUUUCUCCUCUUCCUUGUUGUUGUAAUUAUGAUUAACACCUUUGUUUUCGCUAUGAAACACAACACCGACCGGAUCUCAUGCAAAAAUCCGUCGAAUAAUUUUAUGAUUUAAACAAACAUCAUCAUCAUCAUCAUCAUCAUCAUCAUAAUGAAGCUGUAUGAAAAGCUAUGAGUGCAAAUCCCUUCAUUCCUUCAUGUCUUCGUUCUCUCUGAAUUUGUGCUCGUCAGACCGUGACAUUCCUUUCCCGUUCCCAAAUUUCGGAACUCUGUACUCUUAAUGUGAAACGGUGCGCAUUGACGAGCUUUCCUAUUUCGCUUUACAUUCCAGAAGAUCUUGGGAAGUCUGACUGAGGAUCUUCUCCUGGGAAUUUACGUCAUCGCUUGUGAGACAAAUGUUCUCUUCGCUACUCUUCUCCCUUAGGAAAGAGGAUUUGUGGGAUAUAGGCUCUGUUUGUGAGGUCCUAUGGACAACCAAAAUCUUUCGAUCUCUAAAUCACUAAACUCUUCACAUUAAAGACUCCCCUCGAGCGAAGUUAAAUAUGCAUCUACAGUACUGCAUGUAUGUAGGCCUGGUAAAAAUCACGUUUUGAGAGAAACAAGGUGUUUCAGAACCUGGUUUCACCUCCUAAAGACUCAGAAGCACUUUGCUUAGACAGCAGAUGAAGGACUUUCGUGUACCUACACUGAACUUUGACCUCAUCUACUAUUAUUACUGAAUUAUUCCACUGCAGUUACUUCCUGGAUUCUUCCUUUGUAUAAAUAACAUAGAGCAAAAAAAAUGUAAAUGCUUUGUAAUUUAAUGCAACAGUUUUCAUUAUCAGCAAAAAAAAAAAAAAAAUUGAGUGAAAAGUAAAAUUUUAGAAAUAUUUACACAAAUUUCGGAAGUUGUUAGUAUUUGGUUCGUCCCGUUUUCUGCUUUAAUGACAGCAUGAGGGAUAAGACUCGAAGAAAAUCCAUCUUUUUUCGGCUACAAAAACUUCACAUGAUCAAUAUCAUACAUUUGCUUCGGUUUAAAUAAUGAAGAAAUACCGCAGGAUCUUCAAUAUUCUGAAUAUUUAGCAUUUUAAAUUUUGUUUUAAAAUUGUAAAACCUUCUGUCUUCAAUUAAACACUUAAACAUAUGAUCCCAGAUUUUCAGUGUGGUCUUGGAUAUUUGGAACUGAUAGCCUAUAAUAAUAAAAUAAACAAUGUCUUGGCCUACAUGUAUACGAACAAACACCUUUACUCAUGUGGUGUUUGGAUCACGUCAGAACGUCGGAGUGCCGGUUUUUUUCCAGAUCCGAAUCCCUGUGUUCACACACACUUCCGCAAAUCGAAUCCUCAUCUCAGUUGCUAAAGGGCAGAGGUGAAAGUGCAACAUCACAUUCUCUCUCUCUCUCUCUCUCUCUCUCUCUCUCUCUCUCUCUCUCUUUUUCCUUUCCUUUCCUUUUCUCUCUCUCUUCCUUUCUUUCUUUCUUUUCACUUCCCGUUCUUCAUUCAGACUCUUUCUUCAACUUUCUUUAAAGACGGUCCGAUCUUUGACCUUUGUAUAGCCUUUCCAGCUUAUUUAUAUUUAGUUGCCCGUGAAGGAAACUGUACAGUAAAACACGCAGAUUGUAUUUGUUUUGUUUAUGAAGAGUAUGUUUUAUACUAAACCAAAAAAACAAAACAAUUAUGUCCGAUAGUAGAUGAAACAAGGGAUUUGGUUUUUUCGUCUUUUUUCCUUUUUACAUUUGUUUACUUUACUUUUUAAUUGAUAUGUAGGCUUUUUUCAUUUAAAAAAUACAGUACUUUGUCAGAGUGUGGGUUUAUUCUUUUUUUCUGUUCUUAUGUUUUAUUUCCAUGAUGAUGGAAAAAUUUUUUGCUAUAAUAUGAAACAGCAUUCCAUAAAUUCCCAAAAAAUUGUGAAAUAUAUAUAUAGUAUAUAUUAUGUUUGACUCUUCCUGGCCACUACACAAACUGACAUCGAUCACAUGGACGCCGAUGAUAAGAACUCAACAUUUUCAGUUUGCAGAUGUGAAUUUUUAUUUUAUUUUAUUAUUACUUUUUGGAACAGAGACGUUUGUUUGAUUGUUGUGGAAUAUAUCUGGUAGAAAAACACAGCCAUGAUCGGUGCUACUGCAGCUCCGGCGCUGAAGAACUCCUCAUGAAGCCUCAACAUAUCAAGACACUGCGAGUAGUUGUUGACUGUUUAGAUGAUUCCUUUGCCCCUGAUUGUGUACAUUUUAUAAAUAAACAGAGAAUCAACUCUUAGCUUAGACCAUCCGUGGCUAACGUGCGCUAAUCGACAUUUGGAUAUUAAAAGUGUAUCUAUUUCCUCCUGAAACCCCUGAAACCAAUCACUUAAACCUAUCACUUAGGAUUUGUGUUUAUGCUUUCUUCCAUUUCUGUUUAGCAUGUGCGUCUGUGUGUGUGUGUGUGUGUGUGUGUGUGUGUGUGUGUGUGUGUGUGCGCGUGUGUGUGUGCGCGUGUGUGUGUGUAUACAUUCCCAUGGUAUAAUUUAUUCUGCUGUAUGAUGUAAUAGAUUAGUGUGAAACUUGUAUUUGGUAUUUACUACUUUGGUGUCUUUCCUGUAACACUGGCAUAAAUGUUACUGAUUAAAGAUCUA